AUGGGCGCCGAGCAGGACUUCCGGUCCUUGCGGGGAAUAUCUGCGUUUCCUGAUCUCAUGAACGACCCAGCGUAUGCGACGAAUACAGACAGCAAAGGCAAAGGCAUCGAGGAACCAGAUACGUGCCGAAUAUGUCGUGGCGAAGGAUCAGAGGAGGAACAGUUAUUCUAUCCCUGCAAGUGUAGCGGAAGUAUAAAAUUCGUUCAUCAAAGUUGCUUGAUGGAAUGGCUAUCACAUUCGCAGAAGAAAUACUGUGAACUAUGCAAAACGCCUUUCCGAUUCACGAAGCUCUACGACCCUGGAAUGCCGUCGAAGCUCCCGGCUCAGAUAUUCAUCAGAGAACUCGCAAUACACGGUCUCCGCUCUCUAAUUACAUGGCUGCGGCUUGUCUUAGUCGCCUUCGUAUGGCUUGGAUGGUUGCCGUGGUCUAUGCGUGCGAUAUGGCGGGCUCUGUUCUGGCUUGCGGAUGGACGAUGGCCAAACCCAAAUUUUGUUCAAGCGCCGUUACCUACAGCAAACCUGUCCGACAUUCAGGCUUCAAGUGUUGCUGAUCAGACGCUAUCCAGUGACACAGCCGCAUCUUCCGCGACUCAGACAGUAUCGUCGGUUUUAAACAUUUCCAACGAAGAGCCGCUGGGUUUCGCCGUCGCGAAACGAAUUCUUUUAAAAAUCCUCCUUCCAACUUUGUCAACUUCUACCGGAAGCAACGCUAGCCAGGUCUCUUCUAUUCCUUCCGGACGUGUGCGUCAGCCUUCUUGGUUAUCGAACGUCACCUUUCUCAACUCCUUGACGCCAUCACCAACUGUGAACAAUAUUGUGAUAGAUACCCUGGAAGGACAGUUGAUCACGCUACUAGUGGUGGUGUCGUUCAUUUUGGUUUUCUUGAUUCGCGAAUGGGUUGUUCAACAACAACCAGCAGUCAAUCUUGCUGAGGAUGAGCAAGAUGCUGUCGUACGAUUGAUGGCUGAGAAUCGAAAUCAAGCUGCAGCCGCACUUGCGGCUCCUUUGGAGGAGCGUAACAUGCCUUUCAAUGACGAUAUAGAUCUUGCGCAAGCCGACCAUGAGCAGGAUGUGCACGAUUAUGCCAUCAACGAUGAUGAGUCUCGAGCCAGCAGUGCAUUCUCUUCGCCGCGAUUAAUGCCUGCUGAUUACCGCCCCCGCAUUCAAAUACGAACAAGUUCUCGGCCGACAUUGCGAUCAAGGAACGCUCUGGAUGAUGCCUCGAACAUUCGACGGACGAUUGAAGAGACAGUGAACGAACCAGACAGCCCCACUUGGCCUGGCAUAGAAACGUUCAAGGACCUCUGGCUUCGUGGUGAAGGAAACCCCGAUGAAAUAUUGCGCAUCAUUCAAGAGGAGGGCCGAGAAGACGAGCUCAGCUGGGUUGUUAAUGCUAUGACGACUCUCAAGCGAGGGAAUGCCACACGGCGAAUAUCUUCAGGCAACUUUGACUUUUCGGAUCAUCAUGAAGAGGCUUCUCACGAAGGUCCAUCAUCUAUCAACAACAGGCAUUCGAAUUCCGACUUACUCAACAAUGCUAAUUCGGAUUCUUCGUAUGAAAUAUUGGAAUCUAUGGCUCCUCUUGAAAUCUCGAAUAGCGGACCUUCCCAGACCGUCAAUUUUGAGCUACCCCGCGAAACGAUUGAUUGGUCAGAAGGAGAAGAAGAGACGACUUUUGAACGAGCUACUAUCACGGAGAACGCGCCAGCUCCUGUAGUGGUGGAGGAAGCGGCUCUCCAACCUAGGUCUGGGGUUGCUAAUGCUAGCGUUCCAGAAAGUGGUACCCCCCAACUUCAGGAAGAUGCCAUCGCCGCUCCCCGCACUUUUACAAAUCGCGUUUUCGACUGGUUUUGGGGCGAUCUUGAAACCCCUCAAGAGCCAGACACUAAUGUCCAGGAUGUUGAGCAUGUCGUAGUAGAUGCAGCACUAGAGGAACCUUUUGUCCCAUUACCGAACAGACAGAACGCAGCGGCUAAUGCGCCAGCUCCAAACCCAUGGCGAGAGCCGGCGGCUCCUCCGCCCGAAAAUCGUAAUCCCAACGACGUCGAUGCUGUUGAAGAAGGUGACGAUUUUGAGGGUAUCUUGGAAUUGAUAGGCAUACAGGGGCCUAUCUUCGGUCUCUUGCAAAACGGCGUAUUCUUGGCUCUUCUUAUUUCUUUCACCAUAGCUGUCGGCAUUUGGCUACCGUACCUUUGGGGCAAAAUUGCUCUGGUUUUCUUCACAAGCCCUGUACGGCUCGUGGUCAGAGUUCCAUUGGCGAUGCUCUCUAUUACAGCCGAUGUGAUUGUGGACUCUCUUAUUGGCAGCUUUGGAUACGUAUUGUAUCUGGUUAGCUUUAUAACGAGGAACCUUCUACGUCCGGUGGCGGGAUUCGUACCAUUCUUGGAUCGUAUCUCACAAAGCUCCUCUUUCACGCAAACAUCGUUAAGUCUCAUCGACGGUAGCAGCCAAAGGCUCAAGAGAGUGUUAGGAGGAUUUUUCGAUUUUCAGGACUCCGACCUCCCUAUGUUCUCGGUUCUUGCUCAUCAGGCAUUACGCAUCCAUGAAGCUCGUAUUUCAAAUAUCUUUCAAUUUAUCUUCGAUGGAGUGAAAUUGAUAUUGCAUGAUAUUCCCAUCAAACUUCUUUCGGCCGAUUACAGGAAUAGUUUGUUUGUCGCAGCAUCGAGUAUUGACAUGACCGCUACUCUAGCGAGCGCCAAGGAUGAGUCGAUUGAUGUCGCCAAUUCACUCUUCUCCUUGUUUGCCAGGUCAGAAUUGGACGAGGAGGCCGCACUUCUCAUUCGCCCAGACUACGAUCUUGCACAGUGGGAUACUAAAGACCGAAUCAUCGCUAUUGUGAUCGGAUAUGUCUUUGCUUCUCUUCUUGGCAUUUUCUAUUUGAGGGUCACCGGCUUUUUCACUGGAGCAAACCGCGGGCAAAGGCCAGAAGGUGUUGUUGCUGAGAUACUGAAUCAGGCAGGUGGUGUUAUGAAGGUAAUUCUUAUCAUCGGCAUCGAAAUGCUCGUUUUCCCCCUAUACUCUGGACUGCUCUUGGACUUGGCCUUGAUGCCGCUGUUUGAGAAUGCUACUCUUGCUUCAAGGGUUGCGUUUACACUAUCGUCGCCACUCACGUCGUUGUUUGUGCAUUGGUUCAUAGGCACUUGUUACAUGUUCCAUUUCGCUCUAUUUGUAUCAAUGUGCCGUAAGAUUAUGCGAACCGGUGUGCUUUACUUCAUACGCGAUCCUGAUGAUCCAAACUUCCACCCAGUGCGCGAUGUUCUUGAGCGUGAUAUUAUCACACAAUUGCGAAAGAUCGCAUUUUCCGCCUUGGUCUACGGCGGCCUAGUCGUCAUCUGUUUGGGCGCUGUGGUUUGGGGCUUAUCAUACACCUUUGAAAACGUUCUUCCAAUCCAUUGGUCAUCAAACACCCCAAUUCUUGAAGUCCCCGUCGAUCUACUUUUCUACAACUUCGUCAUGCCUGUUAUUUUGCGAGCAAUUAAGCCGUCAGAUGGGCUGCACAAUAUGUAUGAUUGGUGGUUCCACAAGUGUGCUCGGUACCUACGAUUGUCGCAAUUCUUACUUGGAGAGAGAAACAAGGAUGAGGAAGGACGUUCCAUUGGCCGUACAUGGCGGGAUAUCCUAUUUGGAAACCUAGGCGAUGUCGAAAACCCGAUAACCACUGACGAAGAUCUAAACGCCGAGGAGAAAAAAGGCAAAAGUCCACGUUUCCUCCGUGAUGGCAAAUUUGUCCGGGCUCCUGCUUCUGAUCAAGUGCGAAUCCCUAAGGGAAUCAAGGUUUUCCUUGAAGUGAGUGAGGACAAUGAACGUACGGAUGGCAAUAUAGACAGCGACGAGGGAUUGCAUGGCAGGAAAAGUAAAAUGUUUACUCAAGUCUAUAUUCCGCCCAAUUUCCGACUGCGGAUCUUCGUUUUCAUUUUCCUGAUCUGGGUUUUUGCGGCCGUCACAGGAGUUGGGGUGACUAUCUUCCCACUGGUUGUAGGCCGGCGAGUGCUCUCAUCAUUUUUCCCACAUGUCACUCGAAUGAACGAUAUCUAUGCGUUUUCAGUCGGUAUAUCCAUGUUACUGAGUGCGGGAUACACGGUUGUCUAUUUGCGAGUCGGAUACCAGAAGCUACAAAACGGACUCCAACCCAUGCUCUCCAACUCUGGCCAGGUGAUCAGCGAGGUGACUGAAUUCUUACUCCAUGCCAUGCGACUAGUCUACCUGUCAGCAGUGUUUGUGAUUCUUAUUCCAUCUCUAUGUGCCUUGCUCACGGAGCUCUACGUGCUGGUCCCGAUACAUACCUACACAAAUGGUCAACAGGCACAUGUCAUCCAUUUUGUUCAAGAUUGGGCCCUUGGCGUUCUCUAUGUGCAGAUGGCCUACAUGUUCCUGCAAUGGAGGUCCAAUUCACGAGCUGCAGUUGCUCUUCAUACGAUUGUCAACGAUGGCUGGCUGCAACCUAAUACUGCCCUCGCUACCCGAGCGCUCAUUAUACCGGCUUUGAUCUUCACAUUCUUGGCUGUGUCGCUCCCAUUAGGCUUCGGUGCAAUUGCCAAGGCGACAAUGUUUCCGGAACCCACUACGGUCUCACAGUCAACAGUCUACCGCUAUUCUUAUCCUGCCACUCUUGCGGCAUGCUUGGUUAUGUAUGCGCUUUAUUUACUUCGGAGACAGGUCAACGUCUGGCGAGCCAACAUUCGUGACGAGAUGUACCUUAUUGGCGAACGACUACAUAACUUUGGAGAGAAACGAGCUAGAGACGUUACAGGCGUUAACCGACGUGUUAGCACAUCAUAG